UUUGCACCAAUAAGCGAGAAAGGAGAAUCGUUAGAAUCUUGGAUUGAUCUAAUUUAUGGCUUAGAAGAGUUAGAUACUACCGAUGAGUCAAGCCUCAGUAGUGAUAAUGAAGCUGAUAUACCAUUAGCUGGAAAUCAGCAACAAUGGCAAUAUACACAUAGAAGUUUAAGUGAUACUAAUACCAUAGAAUAUUUGCCAUCCACAAAUUGUUCUGGGCUUUUAGAAAAAGCACAAGCUGCUAUUUUUCUAUCUCUUAAUGAAUUAUGGAGCAUAUCUAAUGAAAUGGGCUUGAAGGCUUCCAUUUUAGAUCCACGAGCAUUAAAUUUGCUUCCAUUUGUCACUACUCAAGAGAAAAAAGAAACUGAAGCCCAGAUUCGUGCUGAAUUAUUAGUAUUAGAAACUCAGCACUGA